AUAACUGGCUUAAUUAUUUGAGAAAUGAUUCGAAUGAUUAUAACAAAAUUUCGACACCUCCAGGUAAAAAAGACAUCGUUGAUUUUAUUAGAAACAUUGAAAGUAAAAAAUACAUUCAAGGAACGGAAAUAUACGAAGGGUAUUUAACAAAAUGGACCUUAAAUUGCAAAGAUGUCACAUUUACUCUUGAUGUGUCUCAAAAAAUAUAUGAAUUAUCUGGAGAAAAUAAGCAGAAACCAGUACAUAAAAAAGAGCAACAAAAAGCAAAUAUGUAUGUAAGAGAAUGUAAAGUUCUUAAAAAUGAUGAUCUUGUCAUGGUUACAGAAAAGUACGUUUCAGACAAAUAUUGGGAGAUAUUUGAUGAUUCUCUGACUGAAAGAUUUCUUCCGCAAUCUGACUUCGAUGGAAUUAUCGAUGAAGCUAAUAUUAAAUCAGAUAAAGAUACCACUAAUUUAUAUGAUUUGUUAUUAGACUACUAUAUUAAAGAAAAUUUUUUUUUAGCACAUUGUGGUAAAAUACUUAGAGAAAUUUUUAAAGUUAAAUAA